AUGAAGAGGUUGGAAGAGCCAAGUUGCAGACGCAUCUCCUACCGCUUGAACGAGGAUGCCUCAGGCAUCGAGGUGCGGCUGGAGGUGAACUUGCGCCGUGCCUUCGCCAGGAUGCUGAACCUCAGGUUCCCAGCUGCGGGCUACGAGGCUGACUGGCGCGUCUGGAGUGGAUCGCCGCCUGACCUUCAAGUUCUGCCAAGCCCGCCAAGCCCUAGUUUCCGUCUCCUGGACAACAAGCUGGACCGCAGGCAUGCGCAACCACCAAACUUCUUGUUGCCUCUGCGACCGGAGCAGCUGAGAUCGCUGCAAUGGAUGGUUCAGCAGGCUGCUCCACGAAGCCUCGCAUUGGAUUGGACGUUGGACUGCCGCGUGAUCGCCUCCUUCAAGGCGCGUGGAGGCGUGUUGGCCGACGAGAUAGGUUAUGGAAAGACAGCUUUGGCAAUAGCACUGGUAGAUGUGCGGCAUGGAGGCCCCUUUCCGGAAGAUCCUGAACCUGAUUGCGACUUCUUUUUCCCCUGCGACAGCACGCUCAUUUGCAUGCCUUCUCAUCUUCAUGGGCAAUGGGCGGAAGAAUUCGUCAAAUUCACGGGCAGCACGUACAAAGUCUUGAGUCUGAGCAAAGAAGCAGACUUGAAGAAAGCGACGGUCAGGAGCGUCCUGGAGACGGAUGUUUGCUUGUGCGACUACCAGCUCUUUCAACGGCCCUUCUACUUGAAGAGGCGCCGCGAGCUCGGGGAGCUCGGAGCGACCGCCGCCGCCUCCGCCGCCUCCGCCGAAGCCCACUUGCAAGACGAGUUUGGGGCCAAGAAGCCAGUGGACGACGCCUCGUUCAAAACGCUGCAGUGUGCAACCUUCAACUUUCUCCAACAGCCUGAAAAGCACAGCUGGAGACGCUUCCUCAAGGAGACCUCUUCUGGGGAGUCUUGGAAACAGCUUCGUUUUCCUGUGUUGGAGCAAUUCUUCUGGAGACGGGUGGUUUUCGAUGAAUGUCACGAACUGCAUGGAAGCGACAUAUGCCGCACAUUGUGUUUUCUGCGGGCACACCAUCGUUGGGGCCUGACCGGGACACCGGCUUUGCACGGCAUGAAGCACAUCGCCAAUAUGGCAUCCCUACUUCGGAUCGAGCUGGCCGGUCCUGGCAGAUUCCGGGAGAAUCCCGUGCUCGCCGAGAACUGUGGGCGUUUUUUGGAUUCGUGCGUCCGGCAGAACAGCGCAGAGCUUCCGAAGCUUCGCAUCAUCCAGCAUCUGAAGUUUGUGCGACAUACAGCGCAGGAGCGUGCACUCUACCUGUCGGCGUGCAACAGCGGCGGCAUCGAUGGCAUGGGCAUCGCUCGGAAGCUCUUGCAGCUCUGCUCCCACUUCUCCCCGCAGGAACUCGCAAAAGACGCCGACGAGGCGUGUGGUCGCCUUCUGAAAGCCAAGCAGCAGGAGGCUGCGAUGGCAAAGGAGGAGCUGAAGCAAGCAGUCCUUUGGUCAGAAGGGCUUCGACGCCUUGGCAACAGCUUGCCGCUGCGACAGCAUGCGCCGACUGCGUCACAUGUGGAGGAUGCGGAGGCAGUUUCUUCUUUCUUGGAAGCGGUGCGCAAAGAGGCGAGUCGCCUGAGUCCAGCGGAGCAUCUCAGGCUCCUGAAGGGGGGAUCCUCCUGGCAGCGCAGGCUCCGGCAAAAGCUGCAGAGAGCCAAAGAGAAAGCGGAGAGAGAUCCGAAGGAAGGGAAGGAGUCGGCGUCCAAGGAACUUCUGGAAGAAUUCAGUGAGGCCCUUGACUUCGAAGGCCGUGCCAUGAAAAAUCUCACAGAAACAACGCAGCGCCUUCGCUUCCUUGAGCGCACCCUGGCUCUUGUGGGAAGUGAAAGCAGCCCGGAGACCUCCAAUCGCUCCUGCAGCAUCUGCUACGAAGACAACCUCGAGCUUGAGCAGCUGGGCAUCACGCCAUGUGCCCACGUCUUCUGUCUGCGUUGCCUUCACGAACAAGUCGUCAAGAAUCAGCAGUGUGGCCUGUGCCGGCAGCCCCUCAAGAAGGUGGAUAUCCAGCCGUUGAUGCUGGAAGUGAGCAAGGAAGGAGAAAGAACCGAAGGCGCAAGCCCAAGCCGCUUCGGGCAAUUCGGCAGCAAGCUGGGAGCCAUCGUCCUCCAACUGCAGGAGAUCAAGGAAGAGGAUCCCUUGGCCAAGUGCAUCGUCUUCUGCCAGUGGGAGAGCUUGCUGCAGAACAUCGCAGCUGCUUUCAGGACCUUUGGCAUCCGCUUUGCCCGGCUUGAUGGCUCGGUUUACGCACGCACACGGACGCUGGCCAACUUCAAGGGAAGGGACUCUGCUUCGGUGGACGUGCUGCUUCUGUCUCUGGAGCAGAGUGCCAGCGGAACUAACCUGACCUGUGCCAAUCACGUCAUCUUUGUGCACCCCAUGAGUGCGCAAACACAGCAGGAAUCCAUCGCUUUCGAGCUCCAGGCGAUCGGCCGUGUGAGGCGCUGGGGCCAAACUCGCAAGGAGAUCCACAUCUGGCGCUUCUGCACCGUGGGCACCCUGGAGGAGGAGAUCACGCGAAAGCAUCAGAAGGAAAUCUACGAAAGCUGUCCGAGCCCGGGCAUGGCUUCGGCCCCGAAACGGAAGCAGGAGGAGGUUGUGGAGGCCCCGAAAAGCCAGGGCGAAAACUCGGGGCCUCUGGAGCCGAGCAGAAAGCGCUUUCGGCAGCGCCUGGUGCCUCAGUCGCUGCCGCUGGACCUCUCCUCAGUUCUCGAGUCGCGCUGCGGCGGACCGAGCGGAGGAGAGCCAACAAAAGCGCGAGCCGGACUGCGCAGCGAGGCCUGGGGUUUCAGAGAUGGGUGUGCUUCGGCGGCGAUGACCGCGACACCGCCGCCGUGUCCCUCGAGGACGCAAGAAGGGGAUGACCGCUUCAAGCUUGCCUCAGAGGUGCGUUUCGGCAAAGCCGCGGACUUUUCAAGAGGCCUCUUCAAGCAGGUGUCCACCGCUGGACUGCGAGCUAUGAGCAAGCUCCUGGUGCUGAACGUGUCUCGCACACCGCUCCGUUCUGCAGACCUCGAGACGAUCUUCACGGCGGCACCAGGACUCAUCCGUAUCGAUGCAAGUCGCUGCAGCCUGGAUGAGCUGCCGCACAGAUCGGUCUUCGAGUCUCUACACAACAUCAAGGUCGCGCUCUUCCACCAGAACAUGAUCCGCAGGCACAGAAGCUGA